ACUUAAUUUGUAGAGCUCAGGAACCUCUUAUCCACCGCGCAGGGCCCAGAUGACAGCGCUGUGCGUAGGCGCCAUUCCGUUUCUAUAAAAAUUUAGCCACUGUUUUUGCUCUCGCCUCAAGUUUCUUUCUCCCCUCCACCCACACCUGGAGGAAGAAGAAGAAGAAGAAGAAGAAGAAGAAACUCAAAGGUGAGCUUAUAGCAGCCAUCUGAGCAGAGUAAUCCUUCUGUGGCAAAAAGAUUCACCAGGAAAAAAAAUGGACUUCGUCUAUGGAGCUGGGAGGAACCACCUGUUUGUUCCAGGGCCAGUUAAUAUUCCUGAGCCAGUGAUACGGGCAAUGAAUAGGAACAAUGAGGACUAUCGCUCACCUGCAGUGCCUGCGUUGACAAAGACUCUUCUUGAGGAUGUUAAGAAGAUCUUCAAGACUACUACUGGAACACCAUUCAUUAUCCCAACAACAGGUACUGGGGCUUGGGAAAGUGCACUUACUAAUACUCUAUCACCUGGAGAUAAGAUUGUGACUUUCCUCAUUGGACAAUUUAGUCUUCUCUGGAUUGAUCAACAGAAACGCCUUAAUUUCAAUGUCGAUGUAAUCGAAAGUGAUUGGGGACAAGGUGCCAAUCUUGAUGCAUUGGCUUCUAAGCUACAAGCUGACUGGUCUCAUUCGAUCAAGGCUGUCUGCAUUGUUCACAAUGAGACGGCAACCGGAGUUACCAACAAUUUGGCAACUGUAAGGAAAUUGCUUGAUGAGUACAAACAUCCUGCAUUGCUCCUUGUCGACGGAGUCUCAUCAAUCUGUGCUCUUGACUUCCGCAUGGACGAAUGGGGAGUCGAUGUCGCUUUGACAGGAUCUCAGAAGGCUCUUUCAAUGCCUACUGGUAUGGGAUUUAUAUGCGCCAGUCCUAAAGCUCUUGAAGCCGCCAAGACUGCUAAGUCUCUGAGAGUGUUCUUCGACUGGAAUGACUACUUAAAGUUCUACAAAUUGGGAACUUACUGGCCCUACACGCCUUCCAUCCAACUGCUAUAUGGACUUAGAGCUGCCCUCGACCUCAUAUUUGAGGAGGGUCUUGACAAUGUGAUAUCCAGGCACACCCGUCUCGGAAAAGCAACAAGACUUGCUGUUGAGGCUUGGGGCUUGAAGAACUGCACACAGAAGGAAGAAUGGUUCAGUAAUACUGUCACUGCUGUGUUAGUUCCCUCUUACAUUAACAGUGCUGAUAUAGUGAAGAGAGCUUGGGAGAGAUACAACUUAAGCUUAGGAUUGGGACUCAACAAAGUGGCAGGCAAAGUGUUUAGGAUAGGGCACUUGGGCAACCUUAAUGAGCUUCAAUUGCUGGGUUGCCUGAGUGGCGUGGAAAUGGUGCUCAAAGAUGUAGGAUACCCAGUCAAGCUAGGAAGUGGAGUUGGCGCAGCAGCUACUUACCUUCAGAACAGUACUCCUAUGAUACCUUCUCGAAUAUAAGGACCACUCUGGUUCUUUGCUUGGAUCAAUUAGGACCAGAAUACUUAUGAACUCCUUGAAUUCUCAAGCUAAAUGUAUAUUGGUGAAUUAUUAUCUCUGUAUCAAUUAAACUGUGUUCAAAGCAAUACCAAUCUCAUCUGGUUUCACUGUAUUCA